UAAGAAUCCGCUGUCAUAACAAAAUAACCUGAAAAUAUGUAUUUAGCAAGAAAUUCGAAUAUAAUUCGUAAUCAUAACAAUAAAACGCUACAAAAAUGGUUUUGCGUAAACUGUAUACGCGGAAAAAGUACUGCAGCACCAAAGACGAAGACGUAUUCGCACACAAUACUGUCUCCAAAGACGAAUUUUCCUGCACGAUCAAAUAAUGCUAUAAAAGAACAAAUUCAGAAGACUGCACAAUUCGCAGAGUUGUAUAACUGGCAAAGGGAGAACUUAAAAGGUCCUGAAUUCGUCCUACACGAUGGCCCACCGUACGCCAAUGGUGAUUUACACAUGGGACAUGCUGUUAACAAGAUUAUCAAAGACAUAAACAACAGGAGUCAAAUAUUACAAGGGAAUAGAGUACAUUACGUACCUGGCUGGGACUGCCACGGUCUCCCUAUAGAGUUGAAAGCCCUACAAAAAGCCAAAAAAUCUUCAAAAACUAAUCAAAUCUCUGACCCAGUCCAUAUUAGAAACAUAGCCAGAACUUUUGCAUUGGAGACUGUAGAAAGACAGAAGGAUGCAUUUAAGAGAUGGGGAGUCAUGGCGGAUUGGGAUCAACAAUGCUACUUGACAUUAAAUAGAGACUAUGUACAGAAUCAACUGAAACAGUUUCACAAAAUGUAUAAGUCUGGGUUGAUAUUUAGGGCACUGAAACCUGUUUAUUGGUCACCUUCUUCCAAGACAGCAUUGGCAGAAGCAGAACUGGAAUAUGACCCUCAACACAAAAGCAAAGAGGUUUAUGUCACCUUUCCUCUAAAGAAUUUACCAGCAGUUGUGCAAGAGGCUGCUAAAGGAAAGAACAUAUCAGCGAUAAUCUGGACAACAACCCCGUGGACGUUAAUUGCUAACCGCGCGAUCUGCUACAACCCUCAAAUGAGGUACAGCGUCGUGACGUUGAGCGGCAGACCUGGUGACCUGUUCCUGGUCGGCAGCGGACUUAUUGAGGGUCUGGAGAGGGUGCUGCAGAUGGAGAUCAACAAGGUUGUGGAGUUUGAUGGUGACCAUCUAAAAGGCACAACAUACACGAACAAGCUGGUGAAGGAAACCCUGCCGUUCUUAGAUGGAGACCACGUGACUGAAGGAAAGGGAACAGGCCUCGUCCACACUGCGCCGGCGCACGGGCCUGAAGACUUUCUUAUAGCGCUCAAGAAUAACAUGACUGUGGAAUGUAACGUGGACGAAUCCGGCCGCUACACCAACCUUGACCCUGACCUCAACGGGCUCCCUGUCCUACAAGAAGGUCAAGAGGUCAUCAUCUCCCGACUCGGGGACGAUGUCCUUCAUGAGGGGGUCUACAUCCACUCCUACCCUCUGGACUGGAGGACCAAGAAGCCGGUGAUACUGAGAGCCAGUCAGCAGUGGUUUAUAGAUACUGCUGCCUUGAAGGAAAAGGCUUUGGCAGCUCUAGAUAAAGUGGAGAUCCUCCCUCCGGCCAGCAGUGACCAGUCUAGGCAGGGCUUCCGCGCGCAGUUAGAGAAGAGACCUUAUUGGUGUAUCUCGCGGCAGAGGGCUUGGGGCGUGCCCAUACCAGCUGUGUACAGCGGAGACGAAGUUGUUGUUGAUACCCGCAUCAUAGACAAACUAUGUGAACUGAUAGAAUCACGUGGCCCUGAUGUUUGGUGGACCUGUGACGUCACUGAUCUUCUCACUCCUGACGUCAUCAAGGAUCAUGGAAUCGAUGUGAAGAAUGCUUCUAAAGGAAAGGAUAUAAUGGACAUCUGGCUGGACUCCGGCCUAUCCUGGAGUACGCUGGGAGGCCGCACAGCCAGGCUGUACUCCGAAGGUGUGGACCAGCUUACUGGCUGGUUCCAAGCGUCGUUACUCACGUCAGUAGCGUUGACUGAGGAAGCGCCUUAUAAGUCAAUAUUCGUCCAUGGUUUUGUAGUUGAUGACAAGAAGCGGAAGAUGUCGAAAUCUAUUGGCAACGUCAUCGAUCCCACCACCAUUAUACAGGGGGGCAAGGAUAAGAACAAUCAGCCUGCUUAUGGAGUGGACACUCUUAGAUGGUGGGUAGCCAGCCACUCUACGCAGCACUCACAAAUAAUAAUCAGCAAGAAACUACUCGACGACUGUCAAACAGAACUGAUCAGAAUCAGGAACAUCAUGAAAUUCCUUCUAGGAGUCGUUGCCGACCUCAAAAAACCCCACUUCACCCAAAAUGUACCUCUAAAUUACUUUGACAGAUACAUGGUAAAAGAAACCGAGGAAUUUCUAAACCAUAUUAACGAUAGUUAUAAUAAUUUCAAGUAUAAUCAUGUGGCACAGAGUAUUUUGUAUUUUAUCAGUAAUAAAAUAUCUGGUUUGUACUGUCAUUGCGUAAAAGAUAGGCUGUAUUGCUCCCAACAGGAUUCUGAAGAGCGAAUUUCAGCGCAGUUAGUCGUUCAUACGAUUUUAGUCUCCCUCUGUAAAACUUUAGGGCCAAUUUUGCCGCAUCUGAUCGAAGAAGUCUGGCAACACCAUCCUUUAUACGAGAAACCGUUUUAUUUCACUGAACAUGUUCCCGUUUUGCAUGCGAAUGACGUUGAUACGUCAGUCAUGGACGCCAUUUUAGAAUUGAAAAGAGAAAUUUGUGUUUUAGCGAAAAAUGAAAAUUUGAAAAAGUUUAAUGCUAAAAUUGUAUUAAAUACAGACUUGUAUGAAAAAUUGAACGAAUUAAACAAGUCUGAUGACGUAAAUGAAAGUGUUUUGUGUGAGAUUUUAGAACUGUCAUCUGUCAAUUUGGAGGUUAGAAAUGGCGGGAAAGACUUUGAGAUUGAGUUGGCACAGAGUAAACAUGGCCAGUGUUUGAGAUGUAGGAAAUAUAAUGUUAUAGAUAAUAAUGAUAAAUGUAUAAGGUGUGAGCAAGUAUUGAAUGCAAUAUAAUUGUAAGGUUAAUAGUUAUUAAUGUAUAUUGUAGUUAUUGGCCGUAGCCGUUAAGAAAUGGAUUCUAUAUAUUGUAAAUAAGUUGAUUGUUAGUAAAAUAUAAAUAUUACACGUAAAUUAUAACAAUAA